UUCAUCAUUCUCUUCUUCUCUUCUGCAACUGCGGAGACUCAUUAUCAUCAAUUCUUCGUUCAACAAACGCCGGUGAAGAGAUUGUGCAAAACUCACAACAUAAUCACGGUCAACGGGCAGUUCCCUGGACCAACUCUUGAAGUCCGAGAUGGUGAUACCCUCGUCAUCAAGGUCGUGAACAGCGCUCGUUACAACGUCACUCUCCACUGGCAUGGUAUUCGUCAGAUGAGGACGCCAUGGGCAGACGGUCCAGAGUACGUGACACAGUGCCCGAUUCAGCCCGGAGCAAGUUACACAUAUAGGUUUACCAUUGAGAAUCAGGAUGGAACACUAUGGUGGCAUGCUCAUAGUAGAUGGCUUAGAGCAACUGUUUAUGGAGCACUCAUCAUCUACCCGAAACUCGGCGUUCCCUAUCCCUUCCCAAAGCCCACAAAGGAGAUCCCUGUACUUCUAGGAGAAUGGUGGGAUAGAGACAUCAUUAGCGUCUUACGACAGGCGACGUUUACUGGUGCUGCUCCAAAUGCGUCCGAUGCAUACACCAUCAACGGCCAGCCGGGAGAUCUCUACCGAUGUUCAAGCAAAGAAACCACAAAAUUCUACGUGAAAUCAGGGGAAACAGUUCUUCUGAGAAUUAUCAAUGCUGCACUAAAUCAAGAGCUCUUCUUCACAGUUGCCAAUCACAUGCUAACCGUGGUUGGAAAUGACGCUACUUACAACAAGCCCUUUGCGACCAGAGUCGUCAUGCUCGGUCCGGGGCAGACGACCAAUGUCCUGCUCACGGCUAAUCAAAUUGCCGGCCGAUAUUACAUGGCUACACGUGCAUAUGCCACUGCACAAAAUGCCGCAUUUGACAACACGACUUCAACUGCGAUCUUGGAGUAUGACUCUGUACCUUGUCCUUCCAAGACUGGAGUGGCCUCAAGACCAUUAAUGCCUGUUCUUCCACGUUUCAACGACACAGCCACGGUAACUGCAUUCACAAGCCAACUGAGGAGUCUGCCUUCCAAGAAUGCAAAAGUUCCUACUCAAAUUGAUGAGAAUUUAUUCUUCACUGUGGGAUUAGGCCUAGUGAAUUGCAUGCCAGGACCAAGAUGCCAGGGUCCAAACAACACUCGCUUUGCAGCGAGUAUGAACAAUAUAUCCUUUGUGCUUCCGAGAAGGACCUCCCUGUUACAAGCAUACUACCAAAACAUACCCGGUGUCUACACAAUGGACUUCCCGCCUGUCCCUCUGGUUACCUUUGACUACACGGGCAACGUGAGUCGUGGGCUGUGGCAGCCUCGUUUUGGGACUAAACUGUACAAGUUGAAGUUUGGUUCGAACGUGCAGAUAGUGUUGCAAGACACGGCUAUUGUCACGACAGAGGACCAUCCCAUUCAUCUUCACGGAUACCAUUUUUAUGUAGUAGGUCAAGGGUUUGGCAACUUCAACCCGACUGUGGAUACAGCAGGAUUUAACCUCAUCGACCCACCAGUACGGAACACCAUUAAUGUGCCGGUUGGGGGUUGGGCCGUCAUUCGAUUUGUAGCAGAUAAUCCAGGAGUUUGGUUGAUGCACUGUCACAUAGACUCCCAUCUGACUUGGGGCUUGGCUAUGGCCUUCCUAGUUGAGAAUGGACCUGGAGAAUUACAAUCCAUAGAGGCUCCACCACCUGAUCUCCCUCCUUGUUAGGAACAGAGUUGAAAAUAUAUACACAACAGAACAUGCUGCCGUAGAAUUUUCUUGUUUUAUCGAUUCAUACGGUCAUUGUUGUCUUCAUUACUGUUGUCUAUGUUUAAUUUGCAUUGACUAAAGCAAGUUGAAAAUUUGUUAAUGCACUUCGUAGUGAGAAAAUGGCAUGCUUGAUUUGUUUCA